GGAGGAGAACAGGCCGAGGGGCUAUAUAACCUAAGAGCUUUCAGCUUCCCAGGACAGACACCCUCCCUGAGGAGCAGCCAGGCAGCCAAGCUCAGUCGGGGUAGGCCUGUGUGAAGAAGCAGCUAUAGAAGAUGUGUGAAGAGGAGGACAGCACUGCACUGGUGUGUGAUAAUGGCUCUGGGCUCUGUAAAGCCGGCUUUGCUGGGGAUGAUGCCCCCAGAGCCGUCUUCCCUUCCAUCGUGGGCCGUCCCCGACAUCAGGGAGUGAUGGUGGGCAUGGGCCAAAAGGACAGCUACGUAGGGGAUGAAGCACAAAGCAAAAGAGGAAUCUUGACAUUGAAAUAUCCAAUAGAACACGGGAUCAUCACGAACUGGGAUGACAUGGAGAAGAUCUGGCAUCACUCCUUCUACAAUGAGCUGCGUGUGGCCCCAGAAGAGCAUCCUACUCUGCUCACUGAGGCACCCCUGAACCCCAAGGCCAACCGGGAGAAAAUGACUCAGAUUAUGUUUGAGACUUUCAACGUGCCCGCCAUGUAUGUUGCCAUCCAAGCUGUCCUGUCCCUCUAUGCCUCUGGACGUACAACUGGUAUCGUGCUGGACUCUGGAGAUGGCGUCACCCACAACGUGCCCAUCUACGAGGGCUAUGCUCUGCCCCACGCCAUCAUGCGUCUGGAUCUGGCUGGCCGUGAUCUCACUGACUACCUCAUGAAGAUCCUGACCGAGCGAGGCUACUCUUUUGUGACUACCGCCGAGCGGGAAAUUGUGCGUGACAUCAAGGAGAAGCUUUGCUAUGUGGCUCUGGACUUUGAAAACGAGAUGGCCACAGCCGCAUCCUCCUCCUCCCUUGAGAAGAGCUAUGAGCUGCCUGAUGGCCAAGUGAUCACCAUUGGAAACGAGCGUUUCCGCUGCCCAGAAACCCUCUUCCAGCCCUCCUUCAUCGGGAUGGAGUCUGCGGGCAUCCAUGAGACAACCUACAACAGCAUCAUGAAGUGUGACAUCGACAUCAGGAAGGACCUUUAUGCCAACAACGUCCUGUCAGGGGGCACCACCAUGUACCCGGGCAUCGCAGACCGGAUGCAGAAGGAGAUCACGGCUCUGGCACCCAGUACCAUGAAGAUCAAGAUCAUCGCUCCUCCAGAGCGCAAGUACUCGGUGUGGAUCGGCGGCUCCAUCCUGGCGUCCCUGUCCACCUUCCAGCAGAUGUGGAUCAGCAAGCAGGAGUACGAUGAGGCUGGCCCCUCCAUUGUCCACCGCAAAUGCUUUUAAGACCAUUCCCUUUGCCGCCCGUCUGUCCUCUGCACACAACUGUGAAUGUAGUCAGGAAUCCCCGCUUGCAGCUCCAUUCCUAAACGUUCUGAAUAAAGGCUCUCACUGGA